GAUCCGUCCCUAGCAACGGGUGGUGGGGAUCCGUCCCUAGCAACGGGUGGUGGGGAUCCGUCCCUAGCAACGGGUGGUGGGGAUCCGUCCCUAGCAACGGGUGGUGGGGAUCCGUCCCUAGCAACGGGUGGUGGGGAUCCGUCCCUGGCAACGGGUUGUGGGGAUCCGUCCCUAGCAACGGUUGGCGGCGCUGUCCCUAGCAACGGCCGCGACUCCAGAGGCCGGCGAUGGCCGGCGAUGGCGAUGAGAGCUCGGUCCUGCCCGAGAAAAUCCGCAGCAAGCGCAUCUUCAUCAACUACCUCGACUCGUUCGUGGCGCGCUACGUGGGCAAAUACUUCUCGAACGCUGUGGUUGGAUCGUCCCUUGAGGAUCAGCAUGAGGAUGAAGAACAAAAUGAGGAAGAGGCAACGUCUGCCAAAAGUGUUCAAGUGGUCAAGGGGAAGUAUCAAGUGGUGGGAACUCUGAAAAAUCCUGAAGAGAAGAAGCCUGAUUUUGCUUUUGAAGUCUUCACUUACGAUACACAUGACCAACUGUUCGAAUACCUUCAGGAGUGUGACAUCAUCAUUUACAACAUCACAGAAGCAUCUGAGCAAAUCGAUGAAGCCUCGUGGGCUGUUUCAGCACUUCAUUCAGAUUUAGAAAAUUUUGAGAGUCCAAAGAUAUUUAUUCUGCUAUCAACAAUAAUGACGUGGGCCCAAACUAAACCUGUUGAUCCUGAGGAUCCAGAGGCUGCAUUCACAGAGGAUGAUUAUCGCAAAAGGAAGUCCCAUACAAACUUUAAGGAUCACCUCAGCCUAGAGAAACUAGUUGUGAAAAAUGGAAAAACUAAAAAGAAAAAGUUUACCACCUAUGUUGUUGCUUCUGGAGUCGUGUAUGGAAUGGAUGAAAGCGUGUUUCAUUUCUUCUUCAAGGAGGCCUGGCUUGGGCUGAAUCCAACAAUACCUUGCUUUGGAGAUGGAAAAAAUGUAAUUCCAACCAUUCACGUGAAUGACUUAGCUAGCGUGUUACAAAAUAUAACGGAACAUAAACCGAAAACGUACUACAUUCUUGCAUUGGAUGAUUCAAAGCACACAUUGAAAGAGAUUGUCAAGGCAAUCAGUAAACUUGGACCAGGCAAGAUCCUGCACGUUCCAAAAGAAGAUGGCCUGCUGAAUAAUGAGUUAACUCAAUCAGAUUUCGAUCACCUGCUGGUGAAUUUGACAAUGGAGGCUUUCUUCAUCAAGGAGAACUUCAAUAUCCACUGGGUGGCUGAAUCUGGCAUUGUGGAAAACAUCCAGACCCUUUUCAAAGAAUUCAAGCAGUCUCGGGGACUUAUGCCAUUAAAAAUCGCUAUUUUUGGACCACCAGCAGUGGGGAAAACCUCAGUGGCGGAGAAGUUGGCCAAGCAUUACAAGCUGCACCACAUCAAAAUAAAAGACGUCAUCAAUGAGGCCAUAGCAGAUCUGGAAUUACGGAGUACACUACCUGAUUCUGAGGAAGUGGAAGAAGCUGAGGAAGAAGAUGAUGAAGGAGAAGUAGACGGUGAUCCCCAGGAACUCCUCGACCAAGUCAGAGAAAAUAUGGGCCAGUCUAGUGGACGCUUGGAUGACAUGUACAUCGUCAGGUUUAUAAAGAAGAAGCUGCUUUCUAUGCCUUGUCAAAACCAAGGUUUUAUUCUUGAUGGAUUUCCCAAGACAUAUUUACAAACCAAGGACCUCUUUGGUGCUGAAGAGGAGGAGGAAGAAGAGGGCGGCAUGAACAAAUUACCACAGUAUGACAAAGCAAUUACUCCUGAACACGUUUUUGCUUUGGACGUUUCUGAUGAGUUCCUGAAGCAACGCAUCUUGAAUCUGCCAGAGAGUGUCGUCAUUGGGACCCAUUACACACAAGAAAGGUUCUUGCGUCAUCUUGCCCAGUACAGGGAACAGAAUACAGAAGAUGAGACCCUCCUGAACUAUUUUGAUGAGAUUGAGAUUCAUCCAACUCAUAUUGAUGUUUCACAUGACAAUGAUGCAAAAAACAUGCCGGUGGUCCAACAGAUUAUUCAAAUGGUGGGCAAGGCCAAGAACUAUGGACCCACAGCUGAAGAACAGAAAGAGCUGCAGCGCAAGGAAGCAGACGAGCGUCUAGUCAGAGAAACUGCAGAACGCGUUGAGCAGGAGCGCAGAGAGGCAGAAGAGACUGCCGAAAAAUUAGCACGGUGGGAGGAGUGGAACAAGCGCCUGGAAGAGGUAAAGAAACAAGAGCAGGAGUUUCUUGAAGCACAUUCCAUCCCACUGCGAAAUUAUCUGAUGCAACAUGUCAUGCCUACGCUGACCCAGGGCCUAAUUGAAUGCUGCAAAGUCAGACCUGAUGAUCCAGUGGACUUUCUGGCUGAGUACCUGUUCAAGAACAAUCCACAAGUUGAAUGAAGAAGAAGUACAAGUCUCUACAUCAAAUUAACAUGAAGAUGAUCUCCAGUGGAAGACAACUGAGUAUAACUGACUUAUUAAUUGUGUAUUAGCAAAAAGAAAUGAAUAAAUAUUGCUUGUAUUAAAUCCUAUUAAUACAUUAAUGUAAAGAGAACCCAUUUAUCUGCACCUUUACAGUACAAUGUUUGCAUACGAUUUUUUUUAGAAAUAUAUGACUAAAAAGUCCACCAUUUGUCAUUUAGACUAUGACAUACGAAACUUAGGGCUGAAAAACAGUGAAAUUAAUAGGUGUCUUUUUUUAAAUUAAAAAAUAAAUGCAAUUUCUACAAGAAAACCUCAGGUUGGAGUAAAAACACAUUUCAGAAUAAAAUGUUCAAAUAACUGUUUAAAAAGUAUGUGAGUGUCAUUGGUUGAGAUCACUUCACCAUCUCUUACGUUGAACUUUAUUUUGCUGUAUGACUGAGAUAUCUGAAGGAUUACUGUGUCAGGACUGCGAAGGCCCACACAAGGAAAUUAGAUGGACAUGCCGCAUCAAACCACGAAGCUAAUGAAUUUAAUUUGAGUAAUAUUAAUUUAAGGGUUCGGGUUUUUUUUAGAGGUGAUUAUUGGGGUUAACCCUGAAACUAUUGUUAAUUCUAGUACAAUCGUUACUAACCUACAUAUGGAUUUAUAUAUAACGGCUAUGUAACAAAUAUGGGCACUUUAAAGGUGAUAAUCUUCCAUUUCUUUUUUCAGUUUGAAAUUAAUAAAUUUGCUUUAUUUAUAUCUUCA